CUGUUUCAUUUACAUUUUCCCACUUUCUUGUGAUUCUGUAUUUUUUGAUAGAUUAUAACUGAGCGUUUUUCUUUUAUUAUUAUUAAUGUCACCGUAAAAAAUUAUAGUUUUAUGAACUAAAUAUUAAAGUUUUUCUUUUAAAAUUUUUUCCGGGAAAAGGUGCAUUUAUAACUUUUUGCUGUAAGGUUUCUCGAAAGAGGCGUCUAGAGAAACAGUGAUACGAAUGUCCUUCUAUUAACACGUUUCACUUUGGUCUGUAAUUACAUUAAUAUGUCCAGGCAAAUACUUAAAGUAGCAGAUCCCAAAAAAGUUAGUUCUGAACUUUUUGCUCUUACAUACGGAUCUCUUGUUGCCCAAAUAUUGAAAGAUUAUGAAAAUGAUGAUGAUGUUAACAAACAGCUUGAACGAAUGGGUCACAAUAUAGGUGUUCGACUUGUAGAAGACUUUUUAGCUAGAACUAAUGUUGGUCGUUGCCAUGAUCUACGAGAUACUGCAGAUAAAGUGCAGGCAGCAUUUAAAAUGUAUUUAGGAAUAAGCCCUGUGAUAACAAAUUGGAGCCCUGCUGCUGAUGAAUUUUCAUUAUUGAUUGAUUCAAAUCCCUUAACAGAAUUUGUUGAAUUACCCGAAGGCCAUAAUUCUUUAAAGUAUUGUAACAUCCUUGCUGGUGUUAUCAGGGGUGCAUUAGAAAUGGUACAAAUGGAAGUUAGUAUAUGGUUUGUUCAGGAUCAAUUAAAGGGGGAUAAUUCAACAGAACUUAGAGUAAAGUUCAUACGAAGGUUGGAAGAAGCUGUGCCUGUUGGAGAAGACUAAUGUAGCUUCAUAUUAUUCCGUACUGUUUUUGUUUAAUAUAGUAUUGUCUAAUAAUUGUUCUAUUUUUUUAAUGUGAAUAAUGAUCUGCAUUCAUUAAUAAAGAGUUAUUUCGUCUUAGAGAGGAAAUAAUUUUGUAAAUAAAUAAUUUAAUAAAUGAAUAAAUACAAUAUAAAUAAACAGAUAAUAACAUAUGUUAAUCUUUUAGGUAUUAUCUUGUAUAUUAGCAAAACUCAGUGCAAAUUUUAGAUUUUGCAGACAAUUUAAAACAUUAAUGUUCUGUUAUAAGUGUAAUUCGUAGGUAUUAACUGCAGUAGAAAAGUAAAAUAAUUUUCCCAUAAUCAUUAUAGUAGGAAAAUAUGAUUUAAUGUAAAUGUUUUCCUUGAACAAGCCAAAGGUCUGCAUAAUGAGGUCUAUUCUUAAAUAAUUAUAUGGUAAUGUUUCAUAUUUGGAAAUGUCUCAUCAUGAAAUUUUAAUGUUUCAUCAUACAAAAGGCAACAUACGCCAAGAUUUUAUUUUUAGCCCAAAUGGGCUAUUAGUCUCGAAAUGGGAUUUUGCAUUAGUAACUAUAAACUUUGUACCGUAUUUUAUGGUCUAUAAGACACACUUUUUUCUUAAAAAAAUUGCUUAACAAAUUCAAGUGCAUCUUAUACUUGAAAUUAAUAUAAAAAUGUCGUGUGUUUGGUUUAAAAUUUUCGCCAUUCUUAAAAAUGGUCAUAUAUUCGAUGCUGUGGGAAACCUAACUCUAUCUGGCAACAUUAGAUUCAACUGGUAGCAAAUGGCAACACUACCUAGAGUGAGAAAUGAUAUUAUUGUUAAAUUUUUCAAGAAGUAUGGCAUAAGUAACUCUGUCAACGGCAGUGAAGACCAUCUUAUAUAAUAUGAAGAGGAUGACGAAGAAGAGAAAGAAGAAUAAGAAAGAGUUCAGAUAAUGAUUUUCAAGAAUUUUAAAGGUCAGUUUGGUUUCAUAAACUAAGAAUUUUUUUUUUUUUUUAGUCUGGCUUUCCAAUCUAAUAAUAAAAAUGGUAAAAAUAUUUGUUUUUUUAAAAAAUUGCUUAAAAAUUAAGGUUUUUCUUAUAGUCCAUAAAAUAUGGUAUCAGUUUUCAAAUUGUUGUGACCAAAUAUUAUCGUCUUGUAUUAUUUAAAAAAAAUAAAUAAUAAAAAAUCUGCAUGAAUGUAUGAAUGUUUUUGGCAGUGUUAAAAAAUAACGGUACCUAGAGCUAUCAAAUUUCAAAUAACAUUGUCCUCCACCCAAGCACGUGCAACUGUAAGCCUGAAUUUCGGAUUUCAUGUUUCAUAUUUUGUAAAAUUUAAUGAAUUUUUGGUUAGCAAACUCAAUAAUUUGAAUGUGAGCAGUAGCAACAUUGUAUGGAAUAAAACCCAAUUAUCUCCACUUCCCGAGACUGUCUGUCGAAAAUUCUAAAGAUGUGAUGUUUUUAGAUAUCUGGUGACUUUGCUGUUGAAUUGAAUUUUAUGUGGCGAUAAGUGUUAACACUCUGAUAUUUAAUAAAUAAAGUUAACACACAAAAUGUUAAUAACAAAAAGACAAAAAACAUUUUUGGUAGCCAUCUUACUUAUAACACUGUUAUAAUAAACUAAAAGAGUGAAAGAAAUAUAAAAAUGUAUGCCAACACUAAACACUGCAUCAGGAAUUCUAAAUUUUGUUAAAUUAAAUAAACAUUUUGUGAUUUUUCUUGUUGAAUUGUAUAUGGCAUAAGUGUGAAGAAAAUGGUGCAUAAUGAUGAAGCUAAAAAGACAAAACAAAUGGAUUAGCAGAAGUGAGUGCAACAGCAGACUGCGAGCUAAGCAAGAGCAUACAAAAAACUUCAACAAACCUUCCUAGGUGACCAUUAAAAUCUGAACAGGUUUUUUUAUUUAUUUAUUUUUAAAUUUUCUUAACCUUACUAUCAAACAUGUGAUUGUAAACAGCAUAUUCAAAGCUGCUGAUAAUAAAUUGUUUUGAAAUUUUGUUGUAA